AUGAAAAAACCACAAUUGGUUUUACGGCCAUUUUACGGCCCACCCGAGUUUCAUAAAGGCAACGUCACACAAAAAUCCAACAGAAAAGAGAAUCCUGCAUCUUAUCUUCUUUCUCGGUUCUCGCUUCCGCCUCUUUCACCAACAUCCACUAAAAAAACAGAUUUAAGGUUCAACAAAUAUAUAGCGGCUCUCAAUCAAAGCAAACAUGGAUCCAAUCAAUCAACAAACACGAAUCAUCGUGAGCAAGAUAUAGGAAGAGUUACCAACAAAGGGCGAAGGACCGCGAGAUGCUUAAAUGGAGGAUCUAGGAGUAACAACGGUGAUGACGAACUCCGGCGGCUUCGCAAUGACCUCUAUAUUCGUUGGCAUUGA